AUGCUAGUCGCAAGGCAGGUCAGAAUCUGUUCGAGGGAGCCGCCGGGCGAAGCGCCUGACUUAGGGCCCAAGACCCGAGCUCCUCCUACACCUGAGCGUUUAACCACAACGUCGACCUCUGUACUUGCUUUAUGCUACCUCUACAUACUUUGCAGCUUCAAUUCUGUUAACAUGGAAAGCACAUCUAUCAACUCUGCCACAGACCCGCCUGUUGAAGCACUCGUCGAAGAUGUUUAUAUUUCUCUCAAGUUUACCUGGAGCGCAAAGGAGUAUACGGUCUCGAUUGCAGAAUCAGAUUGUGUACUUGACUUGAAAGAUAAACUAUUUUCUCUCACUCGUGUGCCUAACGAACGACAAAAGAUUCUAGGCCUGGUCAAGGGGAAAUUACCAGACGAUUCCGUUCGGGUCGCGGAAAUGAAGUUCUCCCCGGGCAAGAAAUUCACCCUAGUGGGAACUCCGGCUGGCGAAGAAUUCAAAGAAAUAUCUGAAGAUCAAUUGCCGGACGUUGUCAACGAUCUAGACCUUCAAAUUGAUGCGGCUAGUGCAGAAGCAAAGUCCAUGGCACAGGACAAACGCAACAUAAGGAAGAUAUUGGAGGCAACCAAGAACUUGAAUAUCAAUGUUAUGCACCCACUUAGGCCUGGUAAAAAGCUCCUGGUACUGGAUUUGGAUUAUACUUUAUUGGACACUAAGCCUUUAACAUCUGGUAUGCUACCAGCGGAAGAGUGUGCGCGGCCUGGACUUCACGAAUUCCUGGAAUUAGUAUAUCGGCACUACGACAUUUGUAUUUGGUCACAAACCAAAUGGACGUGGCUUGAGGCAAAGUUGGUGGAGCUUGGAAUGGUUGGAGAUGAGAGUCGCAACUACAAGAUAUCUUUUGUCCUGGACCAUGUUCCCAUGUUCAAGGUUUUCUCUACGCGAGACGGCAAGCCGUUUAGUCAUGCUGUGAAAGCUUUGAGGAUAAUAUGGGAACAUUUCCCACAGUUUGGACCUCAGAAUACUGCGCAUGUAGAUGACCUGAGUAGGAAUUUCGUUCUUAAUCCUGGAGAGGGAAUCAAAAUUUCUGCUUUCAAACUCGAUGGCACACUCGAAGCUCAGAAUGACCAUGAAUUAGAGAAGUUGGGCCGCUAUCUUGUCUGGUUGGCGUCGCACACGGAUUUUGGAGAGGUGGACCACAAGAAUUGGAAGAAGAUUGCUCGCGCAUUAAAGGAAACAGGCCACAAACGGGCCAGUGUUGUAGAUACACCUCCCUCGGCUGAUCUUGAGAACAAAUUUACGCCCCGUGCUGAUAUGCUCGGGUUCAAGCUCGAGGUUCCAGCAAAGACCCAGGGAACUGAGAGACCUAUCUAUUUGGAUAUGCAGGCCACCACUCCCCUCGAUCCGCGAGUAUUGGACUCAAUGCUUCCCUUUUACACUGACCAGUAUGGGAAUCCUCAUAGUCGUACCCACGCGUAUGGAUGGGAAGCUGAAGCUGCUCAUGUAGCCGAUCUAAUCGGUGCCGAGUCCAAGGAUAUCGUCUUCACAUCUGGAGCCACCGAGUCUAAUAAUAUGAUUAUCAAGGGCGUGGCACGGUUUAACAAAGAGAAGAAAAACCAUGUUAUCACGACCCAAACUGAGCACAAAUGUGUCUUGGACUCAUGCCGGAAGCUUUCAGAAGAAGGCUUUGAGAUAACGUAUCUACCCGUACAACCAAAUGGCGUCGUCGAUUUGAAUGUUCUAGAAGGAGCUAUCCGCCCAACCACCUCGCUGGUUUCAAUAAUGGCCGUGAAUAAUGAAACCGGUGUAAUUCAGCCCCUCAAGGAUAUUGGAGCCAUUGUGGGGAAGCAUCGCGGUGUCUAUUUCCAUACCGAUGCAGCGCAGGCCGUCGGCAAGAUUCCUUUGGACGUCAAUGCCAUGGGUAUUGAUCUCUUGUCAAUAUCUGGGCACAAGAUUUAUGGUCCAAAAGGAGUGGGUGCUGCUUACGUUCGGCGUAGGCCGCGCGUUCGUCUAGAUCCCAUCAUUAGUGGAGGCGGUCAGGAGCGCGGCUUACGUAGCGGGACUCUCCCUAGCACUCUUGUCGUCGGGCUCGGGGAAGCUUGUCGUCUCGCCAAUCUGGAGAUGAAGGCUGACCAUGUGCAUGUCUCUGCAUUGUCGAAGCGUCUCAUCGAGGGUAUUACUUCCCGAAUUGAACAUGUCGUACGAAAUGGCGACCCCAAUGGUUAUCCCGGCUGCGUCAAUUUAAGCUUUGCAUAUGUUGAGGGGGAAAGCUUGUUGAUGGCCCUUAAGGAUGUGGCAUUGUCGUCGGGCAGCGCAUGCACGUCGGCCUCGCUAGAACCGUCCUAUGUCCUUCGAGCGCUUGGCGCUGCUGAAGAUAUGGCCCACUCGUCAUUACGCUUUGGGAUGGGUCGCUUCACUACCGAGGCCGAAGUUGACUUUGUCAUUGAAAAAAUAGUAGCGGUAGUUCAGCGCCUCCGCGAUAUGAGUCCUUUGUGGGAGAUGGUCCAGGAGGGUAUUGAUAUUUCAACCAUCGACUGGGGUCAAACUCAACACUAA